AACAAUGGUGGCGUCUUCGCUAUGCCUUUCGAAUACUCCUGUUUGCCCUCACUCUCUUUCUAAUAUCUCAUCACAUUCACUCCUCUCUUUCUCCCAUUCCCUCAGGCCUUUCUUUUCCAAGUCCAAACCUUUUGCCUCUCAGAAGAAGAGAGAGAACUAUGGACUUGUGGUGGUGAAAUCACAGGCUCUUGAUUUCUCAGGCACUUUCUUUGAAGGUGGAUUCGGGUCAGACGAUGACCCUACUUCUCCUUCCGUCUCAACUGCACUUGAGGACAAACCCGAACCUCAAUGCCCACCUGGGCUUAGACAGUACGAAACUAUGGCUGUCUUGAGACCCGACAUGUCUGAAGAUGGGAGGCUUGGUCUCACCCAGAAGUACGAAGAGUUGCUUGUGGCUGGAGGAGGAAUGUAUGUGGAAGUGUUCAACAGAGGAGUGAUUCCAUUGGCUUACAGCAUCCGAAAGAAGAACAAAGCCGGAGAGACCAACACUUACUUGGAUGGAAUCUACCUUCUCUUUACUUACUUCACCAAACCCGAAUCCAUCACUCCCCUUGAGUCCGUUCUCACUGCCGAUGACGACGUUAUUCGAUCAUCUUCCUUCAAGAUUAAGAAGAGGAAGUACAACUAAAA